ACGCAGUCUGUUACUCUCUCACCCUCAAAGCAUGUUGCUGAGACACGCUCGCUGUGGGCUCAUUUCUUCAGUAACUGCAGCAGAGAGUACACCAGCAGUGUCGGACCGUGCAUCAGCUUCAUGGUGAUGCCUUGCAUGUGAAGUCAACUUCUUCCUGUUUUCCUUUUCUUCUCCAUCAUGCGAAAAGACCGACUCCUCUUGGCCGCAACUCUCACUGUUAUCUUCUCCGCUGACAUCUACUUCAUCCUUUUGCCAAAGCUGCGGCGGACGAGACACUUCUGUCCAUGUCGCCACAGCAACUUCAGCCUCCCCAGUCAUUUCUCCAGUUGGACUUUCAUUCCGCUCCAGGAUACUACUCCUUCUGAACCAGACAAUGGGGGGUCAAAACUUGACAGGCUUUUCGCUCAUCCUUUGUAUAACUUCCAGGCCCCCGUGCUGGGACCUGAGGAGAGGCUGCUGCAGGUGGAGCAGUUGAUGGACUACUACAGGAAGAAGGUGUCACGCUGGGAAAGACACAUGAAGUUAUACAGUGAAGCUGCGGCUGCCUCCAACAUUACUGUAGUGGAACAUGAAGUGGCUUUUGACCCUGAGGCCAGCUGGCUCAAGUUCCACUUGGGAAUAAGUCGCUAUGCGCUGUACUCCCGCCAGGAUCCCGCUAUUACACAGCUGCUCAGGGACAUGCAAGACAUGACCGUGGUCAAUGCAGACUACACUCAAGAUGAGAAGGCUCUAAAAGGAGCAUGUGACUGCAGUCAAGUGGUGAAGCCCAGUGGACACCACCUGAAACUAGCUCUUAAGAUGCAGAACUUUGCCAAGGCCAUGUUCAAGCCAAAGAGGCAGCAGAGGCACGAGGAGACUCCAGAAGACGUCUUCUAUUUUGUUGAUGUCCAGAGACACAAUGCAGAGAUUGCUGCCUUUCACCUGGACAGGAUCCUGGACUUCCGCAGAGUUCCUCCUGUGGCUGGCAGGUGGCUGAACCUCACCGGAGAAGUGCUCCAAGUGACCCGAAAUGACGAACUACGAGCUGUUUUCUUCACCUCACCCGCAAACAACACAUGCUUUUUUGCCAAGUGCCUAUAUGUGUGUAAGACGGAGUAUGCAGUGUGCGGGACCCCUGACCUUCUGGAGGGCUCCUUGUCGGCCUACCUGCCUGGCCUCAGUAUCGCCCCCCGCAUCUCCAUCCCCAACCCCUGGAUACGCUCCUACUCCUUCACCGGGCGGGAAGAAUGGGAGAUGAAUCCGCUCUACUGUGACACGAUAAAGCAACUUUAUCCUUACAAUUCAGGCAACCGCCUCCUCAACAUCAUCGACAUGUCCAUCUUUGACUUUCUAAUGGGCAACAUGGAUCGACACCACUAUGAGAUCUUCACCAAAUUUGGCGACGAAGGUUUUCUUCUCCACUUGGACAAUGCCAGAGGAUUUGGGAAGCACAGCCAAGAUGAGAUGUCCAUCCUUGCUCCUCUGUCUCAGUGCUGCAUGAUAAAGCGUUCCACUCUAUUGAGACUCCAGCUGCUGGCUCAACAACAAUUCCAGCUUAGUGACGUGAUGAGGGAGUCUCUGCAAAAAGACCCUUUGCAGCCCAUCCUAACAGAACCACACCUCUCAGCACUGGACCGCAGGUUACACAAGCUCCUGAGAGUGGUCCAGCGCUGCGUCCGAAGGCUGGGCAAGGACCGAGUCGUCUCCAGUGACUUUGUUAAGUCCACAGUGAAACCUUGGGCCAAGACACAGACCAAAAAGGCCAGGUAGCAGAGCAUGAAAGUCACUCUGCUUCUUUUAGACUUCAUGAUGAAGUGCAGUUGUUUCAAUUUUAAUGGAACAAGCCAUGGAUGAAAGAUGCUGUGAAUCCCAUCGUGUACGUAUGGGGAAUAAUGUACAAGUCCACAUAUAAAGACUGCAUUUAUGACAAGAGUGUCAGCUAUAAUAUUGACCAAACACAUCACACUUAAUUAAUAUUAGUACACAAAUGCCUGCAGAUUCAUUGAUAAAUGAAGCCUUAAGACUUUGUCAUAAUCAUUAAAGAAAAAGUUAACAUUCAGGGAUGAGACGGUGAUGCACUGGAUGGGCAUUUUUGCAAGUGACUAUAUUAACAUAAAAUAAACAUAUUUUGUGUGUUAAAAGGUGUUUCAAGUCUUACUUGGUUUGAGGGUGGAAGAAAAAUGAUAGUUGGGUGGGUAAUAAACCACUCAACCAUUAAGGGUAGUUUUCUUCUGCACUCUUUCGGAAAAAAACAACCUCAAAUUCACCCACCAUAGGCUGAAUGAACUACAUAAACAAACAGACGCAAUUC